GUAUUUUUCUCUUAAUUAUGCUAAUCAUCUUACUGAAAAUAAUAUGGAUUUUUUUAAAAAAUUAAAUGUUGCUAUUGGUGUAAUGUAUAGAGGUUUAUAAAAGGGAUGUGUAACCUUUAGACACAGCAGAAUCAGCAUUUCUUUGAUAUACCUUGGGUGUUUUACAUUAAAAAAAUGUAUUCCUAGCAUGACAAAGUUUCAAUGAUCCCUGACUUGUCCUCAUCUGUAACUAAAGAUGUAGAAAUAAAUUUGUCUCCUCUUCUACAAUCUUUCUUAUAUUUCACUCUGCACCUAGGUGAACAAAGAUGCCAAUGGAUUGUAUUUCUCAUUUUGCACUUGCACUAUUAUUUGAAGUUACAGGACUAAUGUUAUGAAUGUUUAAGAGGAGUGUUGGUUUUUAAUCACAGAUACAACUGUUGAAGGCUUUGAUCAAUAAUGGUCAUGUAGUCUAUAGUGGCAAAAAAGGAGAAUGCUGGAAAAAUAAACUCAUGUGAAAUCUUGGCAAACACUAAACUCCCUGAUAAAAUAUCUGGAGUAAAUAGUUGGAGCAAUAGUUAUGAUCAUGUAUAUUAUAUAUCUUCUCCCUGUGAAAAAUUGAAACUUUGGUUAUAUGAUACAUUAUAUGAAGAAAGCUUAAUUAAUAUAAAACAGGUUGCCUCUGUCUCCCUCCUUCUGACAUCCAUUUAGAUUCUCCAGGGUUUUAUUUUCUUCCUUUGGUUUUCUGUUUCAUGUAGAAAUAUAAUAAAAAUCUCAUAAUUUAUGGAUGUUUUUAUUCCAAUACGUAUUUAAAUGGAAGAAGUAUAGUUUUCUGUUUUAAUAAACAAUAUUAGCUUUCUCCAGAAUCCUUGAUUACAAGACUAUCAUGGGUCUGUUCUUCUCAAAGAAAGUGUGAAUCGUUGUACACAGCUUUGGCUCCGUCUGUACAUCACACUAAGGUCUAAGACACCUUUGAGACAACUAUGUUGUUCCAGAAGGCAUUGAAUGGCUCUGAGUGAAACAGAGUGGCUGACAAGCUUUGAUUAGCUAAGCUUAGCACGAUGUGAAAGUGUUGAAUCUAGACUUUGUUUUCCUGAAAGUACCAGAGAAGAAAGCCAUUAGCUAAGUAAAGCACAUUAUGCUUUGUCCUUUAGAAUAGUUUGUCCCUUGUUGCAUGACUCCUGCAGAUGGUUUGUCAAACAGGAUUUGACAGGAUGGAGUGAAAUGCUCUGAUGGAACUAAGCCAUUUCACAAUAUGCUGGAAUUUUCAAGAGUUCUCCCAACAAAAGCUCCAACUGCCAUGUUUCUUAGUCCUGCCGCCAGGUCCCUUAGCGAUCGUGAUACGGACUGUAGGAGACAAGCACUAGUUAUCCCUUAUUCGUCCACUCCAAGGCAUUUACCAGAUAAAAGAAGCCCACAUUUCAGUGCCAAAAUGUCUGUAUUGCCUAGAAAUUUCAGUUCCUCACAACCUCUGGAGGACACUGGCUUUGAAUCACAGGAACUGAAAAGAUCAAGAAGUGUUUCAGCUACUGGGGCCUGUCCAUCGUUUGAAAUGCCUGUUCCUUGGUAUCAAAACAACCUGACCGACUAUGAAGAAAGUUCCAAACUGGGCAUGCAGAAACUAACACCCGCAAGAAGCUGUUCUGUAGCAGGGCAAAUGAGAGGGAUGUCCGCCUUCCAGGCUGAUUACUGGGCAUGCGCAAUACCUGAUUUUCUACCACCAUCGCCGGACCGUCAGUCCCCCCUUUGGAAUCCUAAUAAAGAAUAUGAGGACUUGCUUGAUUAUACUUAUCCUUUACGGCCAAAAUAUAAGCUUCCAAAAAAUCUCAAAUAUUCCACUGUUCACGAUUCUGGAAUUGAUCUUGAUAGCCUCUCCAUUUCCCCCGAAAGUACCUUGAAGUCUGUGAGUAUGUGGGACCAAGAACACAAAACCAGGGAGAGCCCUACCAUACAGAGACUUUCAAAUCCUUUCUUGAAAAAGCUUGAAUGCUCAGUUCCAGUUUCUCAUUACAGAAUAUCACCCAUUGGGAAAAUGUCCCUGGCGGAGGGUGGAAUUGACAUUUCUGGAAGGAUGACACCUAGUUUAUCUCCUAGGUGCUCUGAGCCAUCUCAUUCCACUUUUGUAACUGAGGAAUGCCACAAAAAGAGACAUGGGGGGGUUUCGAGGAGAAGAGCUACUAGUGGAAACUUCUUGCGCACCACAAGUGUACUGGCCUUUCAGCAAGAAUGGGCCAGUGAUGAUGAAUAUCUCUCCUUGCCACCAAAACUCAUGGAGUUAGAGACAUUGGCGCAGCGACUAGCUGAAGUUACAUUGACUAUAAAGAAACCUGAAUUUGGCCAGGUACAGGAUGACUUCCCCUGCAUCAGUGUGAAUGGAGAGCAGCUUCUGUCAGAGGUUCAAGGGGAUAGCAGCGAUGGUAAUGAGAGUCAGUGGGAAUUGUAUUCUGACUCUUUCCAUACAUGUAAUUUCCAAGAACCUGAUGAGAUGGACAUUCUAAGGGAUCGGACCAGCAAGGAGCAGGAAAGCGAGUCAAGAGAAACUGCUAGCACUGAUUUUCUUGAAAUAAGAUGCCCAGAGUUCCUUUCUAUGAAGGAAAAGAAGGACCAUCACUCUCUUGCGCAGUGUAUUAAGGUGUUUUGCUGUCAGUUGGAAGAGCUCAUUGGUUGGCUGCAGAAAGUGGCAGAAGUUACAGAGCAGUGGAUUCCUCCCAAGCCAGACGUUGAAAGCGUUAAAGCAUCAUUUCAAAACUACCUGGAAUUAAAAAAAGAUUUAGCUAAGCACCAAGCAUUGACUGAAAGCGUGUUGCAGGAUGGUGAAAAUCUUCUUAAAUGCAUGUCAACAAAUUCACCAGUUUUACAGGAAACACUUGGCUUGAUUGCAAAACAUUCGGAGAUGCUUAAAAGCCAUCCUGAACGAUUGUAUGAAUCUAUUUUAACAGCCAUGUGUACUCUUGAUGAUGGCUUGAAGAAGCAUUGUGAUGUCCAAGAAACUGCGGUCCACAAAGAUACAUCUGAAUAAAACUUCUGUUGAUGUGGAAGAAUGAACUAACUACAUUUAUAAAUAGUAUGAAGGAGGCUCCCUAUUCCAAGAAACAAGAACUUUUUCUUCAAGGUUUUGAAGGGCUGCAGUGACAUCAAGCUUGAUUUCCAAGUUUAGAAGGUACAAUGGGCUUUAUAUAUGGCAACAAAGUAUUAAAAGAACAGUGUGGAAGGGAAACUUCUGAUGUUGGAAUGACAGAAGGUUUAAUGAUGCAUUUCCAAUGUGGAUAUCUAUUUGCCAGGGCUCUGCGUGCUUCACAAAUUAUUCAGAAGUGCUUAUGUGAGAUACACAUUCCACUUGAGCCUCAAAAAAAAGUUAGUUGAUUUGAAAGUCAGAUGAUUAAUGGACUUCUUAAAGCAACAACCCUUCAUUUUCAGAUUUGUGUUGCUGCCUGAAACAAAAUAGAGGCUGUUGUACAAAACAGCCAAAAUACUUUUUUAUGGGAGAUCCAAAGUGCUUCCAAAUACUAAUAAAAAAAAUGUAUAGCCCUAUUAUUUGUUUUGUAUUUUUUUCAGUGAAUAAUUGUAAGUCUUCAGUUUAUCUCAUGUGACAAAUUAUAUGGAAGCUACAUUUCAAAUAAAGCAAUUUUAUUAUUUUAAAACAUGCACUGGAGGUAAGUGAUUUCAGUAUUAGUUAAAUAAUCGACCAUUAAAGCUGCAAUUACAUGACUAGCAGGAUUAUUUGUGCAACAAUUAUUUGUGCAGGAUUCAUGCUAAAGUAAUUAUAUUUUUUUUCAAGGCGUUAGGCACUGUUCACCUUUACUUAUCAACCACUAGAUUGUAAUAGAACGUUUCUGUGCAAAUUGAUAAAGUAGUUAAAAGUUAAAGUUGUUGUUAGUUGUUAGUUCCUGGAUGAAGGUUGGUUCUAUGUUUUCAUUAUAGAAUACAAGAGACUCCGCUUGUAACAGAAAAUCUCAGUUCAAUAUUGUAGCAUGAGUAGAUUUGCUGCCUCCAUAAACCUUGUAGUUAAGGAUGCUAGCUCCUAAUUUCCCAUAAUCCUGAAUCCAUAUUAGAGUUUAAAAAAGAAUUGUGUGUGCUCAGAGAUACAACUUUUCGUAUUCUUUACAAUUGGCUAAUAAGAAUGCUUACCAUAUUUAUAAUUAAAACCCAACUUUUGAAACGGAAAUUUCCAAGCCAAAUCAAGAGCAGUUGAUAGACUAAAGAUAAUGUCUCCUUCCUAAGCUGUUCAACUUUCCUUUCCACAGGAAACAAGAAAUUAACUAUUUUAAAGGGGUAGGUUAAAAAAAAUAUUUAUUAAAUUUGUUUGCCACCCAUCUCACCACAAAGUGACUACAUGGUAUCAAAUCUCUUAGUAUUGUUCAUAUAGGUAAACCUGAGCAAAAUUACUACGAAAUUAAUCUAGUAGCCUGCAUACAUACCGAUUCAUAUUUUAGCCUAGCAUGAUGUGCAAAUAGCCUAUAAGAUACCUUUGCAUGCUGCUAAGUGUUAAGAGCUGCACUUUUGGCAUUGCUAUGAAGUAGUAUCUGCAUGACAUAGAUGCUGCAGCAUAAAUGGGCUUUUCCACAAAAUUUAUUUUGAAUUAAUUCAUUUUAGGAAACUGCUAGUGACUGAUAUAAUCUAAGGCACUAAGUUACUGUUCUGGUGGCAUUUCAACAUGUAGGACUGUUCAAAAGCUGAGAUAGAUUUCAUGUAGAGUUUAGAUUGAAUUUUUACAGUUCUGUGGUAGUGAUGGCCAAGGCACGUAAGACAGAAAAACAUAGAGUUAGGAAAACACAUUUCACAUGGAUUUAGACAUUUUAAAAAUAUACUUGUUUGUCUGCUUUUGGAUUUAUAUUUGUUUCCAUCUUCUAAAUAGCUGUAAUAGUUGGAAGGAGACUCUAGAAGACCAAAACAAUGGAAUUUAGGUGUGGCCUCAUAGUUUGCUCAGAUUAGGGCCAAGAGGUCAUGAAAACUUACUCCACAAAACAUGAAAACCUAGAACUUAAAUAUUUUCAGACAUUUACAAAUCAGAUUUACUCUUUCCCAAAUCUUUUGCCUUUUGUAGACUGCUUCCCAGAUUUAAAAACAACUAGAACUGACACAUAAAUUGGGGGGAAAAGUACGUAGUCACUUUGUUCAUAAUGUUAACAAGUUACUGUUUUAAAGGAAGCAUGGAUAUAGUCUAGCAAACAAAAGUAUUGAAAUAUAUAUUCAUUAGUAUUCUAAGCGUCAUCUGAAAGUCAGAACAGUACACUUGUUAUUUUUUUUAAAAGUGUGCUCAGUUAAUAACAUUUAGAGUUUAUUAUUGCCAAGAUCUUCAGCACUUUUAGAAUGACCCCAAAUCAUCAUUUAAAUAUUGUAGCUGAUUUUCUUCUAUAAUACAUUUAUGAAUUGAUACAAUACUAAAAGCAUAUUAUGAAUCAACUGAUUAAACAUUUUUCAUUCUGAAGUACACUUUAUUGUUGAAGUUAAAGAGCAAAUUCAGAAAUUCAAUAAUUUCAAUCUUCUAACAACAGUACUAUGAAGAAUUAAGGUAUUGUGUGUUCCAGUUGCAGAUCAUUAAUGUCUAUCCCAUAGUGGGGAUGAAAUUUUCUCAGAGAUUUGCUAAUACAUUUGCCUCUCAACCACAUCUGAGUGUGUUUGCUUACAAAAAGUGUCAAUGACUCCUUCAAAUUAUUUUGUAACUAAGAUAUUCUUUUAUCAAGUUGGUAACUUUAAAACUCAGAUAUCAGGCACUAAUGGAUUAGUUUCUUUAUACAAAAGUUAUAUAUGUGGUCACUGAAGCAAUAACCAAGCCACAUUUUUGCUCAAAUUCACAUAUGUAUUUAAAUGUUUCCUCCCUGCACAAAUGUAUUAUUUGUCUUUUGGUCAGCUGCCUUAUUACUAUGCUUCUUUUUUUUUUCACUGUAGCUUUCUUGUGCCUUAGUGCAUAACCAAGCCGACCAAUAAAUUGCACAAAAUUUUAUUAAAGUCAACAGUAUUGAUUGUGAGAGAAUGGAAGUAACAUUAUUUAGAAAAGACAUAACAUAUCAUUAGAGUUAACAUCACCUUGUUAGCUUGAAGUCAUUCAUACCUUAGGAAAAAUACUGUUUCCUUUUCUAUGACAGAGCAAGAGACAACUAAUUUCUAAAUGGAACCAUUCAGAAAUA